AUGGAGACCAAGAGGAUGAUGGACGACUCCAACUUCACUGGCUACACGCUGCUUUUCCUGAUCGGUAUUUUUGGAUUCUUCCUGUCCAAGAGCCAUUUGAAGCCUUUGUUCGUGCCUCGGUUUCGGAAUUGGUCCGUGGCCAACAUCGCCGCGGCCAGCGCCGGCGCGAUUAUUGUGGUGUGUGUUGCUGCAUCCUCAGACAGCGUGUCCCGCGUGAACAGCACUGGAGAUGCCACCGCCAUGGCGAUGUGGGUCUCCUUGCUGUUUUCCUUCUACAAGUUCGGACUGCAUGAUCUCCUCCGGAUGUCGCGGGAAGCUGCCUGGAAGAUUCACUACGCCUUCGGCAUCUUCACGAUUCUCAUGGGGAUGUUCCACGCCGGAAUAGUUUUCCGUCGUCUUGGCAACAAUGUGUUCCACGAACUCCUUGCAGUCUUCGGCCUGGUAGGUUUGAUCCUGAUGAUCUUGGGCGUGGUGCCCGCCCUCUUCGUGCGCUACGAUCGGUGGAAGUCGCUCCACUUCCUGAGUUUCCUCGGGCUUCUGUUCACGAUCUACCACGCCGUGGUUGAAGCUUUCAAGCGCAAGACGCCGGUCACCAUUACCACUGCCAUCCUGAAUUCAACUGCUGUAUUGGCGUAUCUGGGCCAGAAGAUCUACACCCAUGUGGCCACCAAGUAUGCCGUGGUGCAGAAGAGUGAGGUUUCCGUGGAGCCGCGGUCCUCCCACGUCUUCCUGGAUCUCAGCAUUCCGGGCUUCGCCUUUCAAGCUGGGCAGUGGGGGCGACUGCGUGUACCCAGCCUCUCCUCCGUCGCACAUCCGUUCACCCUCGUCCCCGGCCGCGAUGGGGCCACUGUGAGUCUCUGCAUCAAGGUGGGUGGAAAAUUCACUUCCCAGCUCGCAGAGUGCUGCCAAGUUGGAAAACCUCCGGCCAUGUGCCUUCAAGGCCCCUACGGCUGUCCAUGCCAACCAGCCAAGGAGACACAGCGAGCCGUCUUCGUGCUGGGCGGUGUCGGAAUUACACCCGCCCUGUCGCUGGCAACCCGCGAGCAUACGUCGGGACGGCAGGUCGACCUCUUCUGGGCUCUUCGCAGCGAAGCCUUGCUUCAGUAUGCAGCACCUUUUCUGGAGUUGUGCUUGAGUUCCCGGAGCUGCGUGCAUUUGCGUGGCAAGGCUUUCGGAGAAGACAGGCCCCUUCCUUUGCACGCACGACAUGGAUCGAAAGAGCUGCGAGCCUGGCUCGCCGAGCUUGGCAAGAGCUAUGCUGACGGAGUUAGCGCAGCCAGCAUAUUCGUCUGUGGUCCCGAGAACAUGGUCCGUGAGGUGAAGCAGUUUCUCCUGGAAGAUGCCAGCUUCACUCAGUGGUCACUGCAUGUGGAGGAGUUCCACUUCUUGCCUCAGAUUCCCAGUCGGGGGGCGCCGAGCAACCAUGCGGAGACGAAGCUUGCAGAUAAAGAAGGUGACGUGGCCGUGGCCGUGUGA